AACUCAUUCAACAAAGUGAUACAUUCAGGAAAACAAUGUAUACAGUUUUGGUUUCUGUUUCCGCUCUUGUCUGUUUAUGUGCAGCCAGACCUCAAGAAGCACCCACAGAAGCAGCAACAGCUUCUAAUAAUGGAAAAGAACCGAUUCAAAUUGUAUCCCAAACUGAUGAAAACAACCCAGACGGAAGCUUCAAUUUCAGCUUCGAAGCUGCUAAUGGUAUAAAAUUUGAGGAAAAAGGAUAUUUGAAGGAUGGCGCUAACGCUUCAGAUAAAAUUCAAGUUAUAGAAGGAUCUGUUUCGUACACUGACAAUGAAGGAAAUCCUGUAACUUUGAAGUUUAUAGCCGAUGAAAACGGCUUCCAACCGCAGGGUGAUCAUAUUCCCAAAGCUCCUGAAUCUCAGUCUCCAGCUGAAGCAAAAGCUCUUCCAUCUGCAGGAACGCAACCUGCACCUGCCUCUGCUCAACCAGCUGUGCCCGCGCCAGCUGAUGCUCAACCAGCUGAACCUGGACCAGAUGCUGCUCAAUUGGCUGAACCUGCUCCGACCGCGUAAACGGCUUGAUUCCUGUACAUAUAUUUUUUUUUAUAAUAAAACAUUAAAUACUCUCUGUUUGAUAAUUCAAUAAACAAUUUAUAAAAUCUUGC